UGUAUGAGUUACCCGACAGAAAGGACAGUUACUGCUUUCCCUCUUUUCCCCCUCUCCUCUCUUCUCCCGCUGUUUCUGUCUGUCUUCUUCUUCCUUCCCCACCUUUCUACUCACUUUUCCCUCUCUCAGCUUUCUCUCCGCGUAGACAGAGAUUCGCCAAUAAGAAAUCUCGCCCAUCUCCACCCAACAGAAACCUUAGCCGCAGAGACCAAAACUUUUGUUUCCUGGAGUUGGUGGUUACUUAGUAGGUGGAGCUGGUAGAAGGGCGUUUGAGGCGCUUGGAGGGCGGGAGCGCUGACCAUGGAAGCCAUCAAGAAGCAAGCUGCUAAGCUAAGAGAGCAAGUUGCCAAGCAGCAACAGGCAGUACUGAAACAUUUGGGACAUUUUGGACAAGAUUCUAUAGUUCUUGAUGAAGCUGAGCUGCAAUGUUACCAACAUCUACAAAACCUUUACAAUUCUACUAGGACAGCAAAGCAUUUACAGAAGAAUAUAGUUCGUGGAGUUGAAGGUUACAUUUCUGCGGGUUCGAAGGAAAUGGAGAUAGCAAGAAAGUUGGCUGCUGACUGUUGCAAAUAUGGAGAUGAUGGACAAUGCACAGAUCCUCAUGUUUCCAAAGCUGUUAGUCAAUUUGGUGCCUCGCACACUUCAAUGGAGGGUGAAAGAGAAACAUUGCUUGGGGUUCUUAGUGGUCAGGUUUCUGAGCCGCUCCGGGCGUUAAUAACUGGAGCCCCUCUGGAGGAUGCUCGUCACUUGGUGCACCGGUAUGACAAGCUUCGCCAGGAAGUUGAGGCUCAGGCUGCCGAUGUAAUGAGGCGUCGCUCAAAGACUAAGGAUUCUGAUAUAACUGCAGAGAAUUCCAUGAAGCUCCGAGCUGCUGAAACUAGGUUGACCGAGCUUAAAUCUAGUAUGGUGGCACUUGGGAGAGAAGCAACUGAUGCCAUGUCUUCGGUUGAAAAUCAACAGCAAGAGAUCACGAGUCAGCGGCUCUUUGCCAUGGUGGAUGCAGAGAGAUGCUAUCAUCAACAUGUUCUUGGUAUCCUAGAAAAGUUGCAUGCUGAGAUGACUUCAGAGGAGCAAUCCUAUGAGUCCACUUCACAAACAGUGGCUGCAGAGAAAGAAGCUAAUCUUCCAACUCAGCAGGAGUACAGUAUCACUAAUGGAACAACAGACGAUGCUACUAGCUUAAAGGAUGCACUAUUCAUAGCCAAGGUUGUACACCCAUUUGAUGCAGACGCAGAAGGGGAAUUGAGUCUAUCGGUCAAUGACUAUGUCAUAGUUCGGCAGGUGGCCCCUACGGGUUGGUCGGAAGGGGAAUGCAGAGGGAAGGCUGGAUGGUUCCCUUCCGCUUACGUGCAGAAAGAGGAGAAAGCACCUGCAAACAUGAUGUUGGAAACAGAGUCAUCGUCGAAGUCUUGAAUCCCAUAAAAAAAACCCAACAAGAAGAAGAGUCGGUGUACGAAAUGUCGGUUGUAUUGUAUAUGAUGUAUCUUAAUUUCUUCCCACACACCAUCAUGUGCUGGUGCUGUCCAAUCUCUGUAAUGUGUAUUAUUGUUGAUGGAAUGCUGGAACAAUAAUUGCAUCACUUGUAAGGCUCUGUAUGUAUUCUUUUAUAGAUACACGGGUUAGAAGAGAGGGAGAGACCAGUUUGAAACUGUAAAUUUACGGAAUUGAUUGCAGAAAUUUAGCUCAGUAUUCAUAAUGGCUUCUUACUUC